UCUUGCAUCAAGUUAUUGAACUAUGUUUUGUCGUUGCUUAUAUAGCAGUGGUCAGAUGAUAAUAUAUGCAAAGCUUUUAAGACUAUUAAUAUAAGACUAAUACUCUCAUUAAAAUAAUCCAUUGUAACAGAAAGUGCACUUGUGUUUUAUAAUUAGCCAGUAUAAUUCCUUUAUACCAGUUGGAAAAGCAAUUUCCUUCUCAUUUGUAUUGCUUUACUUUAACAAAUAUUACAGUUGUUUAAUUUAAUAUUUUUUACCAGAACUAUACAUAAAUUUGCCCUAUAUUUUUAUAAUUUAAGAUAACAUAAUAUUAUCUCUUACCUAAUGUAAAAUCAAAAUGGGUUUUGCAGUUCAAUUUGUAAUCCGAUCUUAAUCGACUUGCAAACGAACUUGCCAGAAACGCGUUAUUCGAUUGUCGACAAUAAUAUAUUGAAGCAGCUGUUUUCAUUAUUUGAUAAUUACCAAUUAAUUGUAUUUACGAAUUUUGUUACAUUAGAAAAACUGUCAUUUUAUAAAAAGACGUUUAUGUCGAGAUGGAAAUAAAGAAUUCCACCGAUAUGAUUGAAGAAAAUGGGAAUACCACAGUAAAUGUUACUUCAACGUUUGAAAAUUACCCAUUUUCAUGGAUUGCUUUGCAGCAAAAUUCAAAGUACAAAAAUGUUAUUAAUGCAAUAAAUCAACUACUAAGUAUGUACCAUCCUGAUGAUGGUAUAAAUGCAUAUGAGCAUGUACUGAAAACAUUACUUGUUUUGUCUGAAAAUUUUGACAGUAAUAUGCAAGAGUACAUCAUUUCUACCAUACCACUGCCAAAAGGUGCUUCAGAUAUUGCGAUAAAAGACAUAAUUUGUAAAACUAUUGACCUAAUUAAAUCAGCUAAUAAUAUGGCUGCAUAUCAAAAUUCUGUUCCUGAAAAUAAAUUUCACACAGAAGGUUUGGAUGAAAAAUCAAAGAUGCAUCUGAAUCAGAAUAUUUUGGUUAAUACAUCUUCUCAAAAUUUUGAAUUUAUAUCUUCAGUACCUGAAGUAUUUCGAGGCUUCCCUCCUAAUGAAAUUUCUAUGAUUCAUAGUCAUGUAAAAAAUGUGAAUUAUGUGUAUAAUACAUUAGAUAAUAACAUCCCACACAUAGAAGCUUGUAUUAAUAUCAAACAAAACUUUUUAUCAAAUGUUAACGAAGAAGAGGAAUCAUUAAAACUUCAGUCAAAAUUAGAAUGGCUUCAGACUCCACAUUUUCAGUUAUCAAUUGAUAAAUUUAAUAACUAUAAUCAUUGCAAUAUAGCUAAUGUACAUCGUACAUUAUACCAGGAUAAUACAUAUUUUAAAAGAAAACUCUAUAAAAAUGGAGUUAUUUUAAAUAAGCAGGAUAAAAGUGGAAUUUCAAAUUUAAGAGGAACACACAAUAGUAAAUACUCCUUAAAAUCAGAAAUGAAUUGCAAAGCAGUAUACAAUGAAGAUUUAAAUCAAGAUUUAAAAAAGAAUAAAAUUAUCAAUGAGGAGAUGUAUAAAUAUUAUGUACAAGAGUUGAGAAAUGAACAAGUAAUUCAACAAGAUAUAUAUAAAAUGGAUGUUGUAUGUUAUGAUGAGAAAGAAAAAGAUACAGUAAUGAAUUCAAAGACGCUAGAAGAAAAUAAUUUUAUAACGAAUAACUUUGCAGCACAUAGAAAACUUAAAAAAAGUUUAUACAGUUUUCUAAAACGUGCAGAACAGGAAAUUUUAAUUGAAGUUCCAAUAUUCCCUCAAAUCAAAUCUGUGCAUAUAGCCCCUCCCAUAUCCAAAUGUUGGGACUCUGUAACUGAGAAAAAUCUGGAAAAUAAGAAUCAAUUAGAUUUUAUAUUAAAUACUAAGAAAUAUGUAAAUGUAUCAGAGAAUAUAAACAAAUAUACUGAAAAGAAGCCAUUAAGAUCAAUGAAUAUUUAUCCAAAAUCAGCACAACUGCAAGUGCUUCAUAGAAAUUUGAACACAGUAAUUGGUAAAACCCAAGCAAUAGAAUGUGAAAAAAAGGAUAAUAUAGAACAUUUACAGUACAAAUAUACAGUGAAGCAAACAAAGCAAAAUAAUUGUAACACCUUACAACAAUCUGCAUCUAUUACAAAGUUGGCUACAUUUAAAAAACAAUAUUAUGAUACAUUACUCAAUAUUCAGAAAGCUAAAGUGGCAGUGGCAAAUUCCAUGGCAUUGUCAUCCGUGGAAACUUCUACCAAAUAUGAUCCGUGUUAUUCUGCUCAUUUGUAUCAACAACAGUUGUUGCAAAAACAUGAACAAUUAACUGGAAACCCACAAUUUGCAGUGCAUUCUGUGACACAAUCAGGACUAUCAAAUAUGUAUAAUACUCCGUACACUUGGGUACAAUACGAUUGGAGACAUCCAAAAGCAAAACAAUUAAGAUUUUCACAAGAGUUUCCACUUCAGCUUUCAAGAAACAGAGAGUAAGUUUCCUAGUCAUUGCUUUUAACACAAUAUACAUUCUACUUUUUGUUCUUUUUUUUUUUAUUCUUACGUCAGAAGGAAUUCUGUAUUGCAUUAUGUAAAAACAGUGGAUAUUCAGUGUUUCACACAAGAUAAAAAUAAGGAAAUGAAGCAAAUGGUACAACGUAAAAAAUUAGAGGAUAUAGUUAGAAAAUUGAAAGAGACAGGAAACAGUAACAUAAACAAUUAGUUCUUUAAGCUUAAGCUUAUAAGCUUAAAAGCUCGUUAAGUAAAUUAUUGAAUUAGGAAAGUAGACUGAAUAAAAUUUCUCAUCCUUUCAUUUAUCUUACACCAGUCUCAACAAUUAAUAGAACAUUGAUACGUUUUUAUAUUUGUAUAUGUAUGUAUCUGUAUUAGUAUACAUAUAUAUAUGUAUAUUUUGGCACUGGUAAAAGAUAAUAACUAUGAAUGCUAGAUUAAUCGCGAAUAGUUUUAAUAAUUUUUUUGUAUUUUGAACGAUUGCGUGACAAUUUCUUUUCUAAAUGCAUAUACGCAGGAUAUCAUUCCUUACUGACGCCAAUCGAACCUUAAUACUUACAACAUAUUAACAAAUGUACACGUGUUUCUUCUUUAAUUAACAUAGAACAAAUUUAUCUCUAAUUACUAACAUUUCGUGGUUUAUUUAUAAUUAACAUAUAAUAUACGCAUUUACGACUUUUGUGUAAUAUACACUAUACAACAGUCGUUUUAAUUCAUUAUUUCCUAAGUGUAUAAAACGGCUUUUAAAAGAAUAAACGACAAUACUAACUUAAGUGUUAUAUGGAUCAUUAGUCGUUAUUGUCCAGACCAUCGCUAUGAAGUAUAACAAAUUACCAACAAGUUAGAAAUUGAAAUUAUUUAACUUUUGGUAAUUUAUUCAACCACAUUUAUCAACUCACAAUAAUCAUUUCUUGUCUCAGAGAACAUUUAAUACACCUACCUCUGCAAAGUCUACAAAUAGAAAUAUUAUUAUAUCAGAUAUUCAAUGUUCUUUAGUAUUGAUAGCAUCAUCUUAACAAUGCUCACAAUACUUGGUAUCAAUACCUAUUUAAAAUGUAUUCAAAGAAUUUUUUUUUCUUCCUGAUAUUAACUAAUGAACAAAGUUAGGCCAAAGGGUUCUUGCAUCAUGUAGUUCAUUUAUCUUUUUUUGGAUUGUCAUUAUCUAAUGUUAUAGUGAUUAAUAAACACAGUAGAUGUGCAUAAGCAAAUUUUCUUUAUACCAUUGAAUUGCACUGUUCAAAGAUUGUUUAUCUAUACUGAAAAAUAAUAUUUGUAUUCAACAUUAGUAUUUUGAUUAACUUAAAAUGAAACUAAAUCAUAUGGUAACUAUAAUUACUUUAAUAUGCUAUAUAAAAAAAAAGAAUGAUAAUGUUUGUGCGUAGAAUAAAUGUUGCUGUUUAUUAGCAUGAAUACUUGUUUAUAGAUCAAUUUGAAUAAUAGCCUAAGAUAUCAAUAUUUGAUCAAAUAACUAUUACAUUAGAUUUAAUGCAAAUACCUCUUUAUAUUUUAAUUGAUUUUAUUAUUAAAAUUAAAAGAUACAAAAAAAUUCAUGGUGAACAAACUGAAAACAGAAAAAAAUUGUAGAUAAUUAUUCCUACUUAUCUUAAUAGUUUUUUUCAAUGAUUAAUUCAUAGUAAAGAAAGAGUGAAUUUAUUUAGAGAAAAAUAAUAACAACAACCCUUUUAGAGAGAUGAAACCAAUUUGCAUCCUAUUUAAACGUUAUUAUUUAAAUAUUUGUGCUAUAAUUUGAAGCGUUUUCGGUUAAAGUUUAUACAGAAAUAUAUUAAACAGUGUUGUAGAUUCACGUACUAAAUAUAAGUUUAACAAUUCAUUUAUUAUGAGGUAUUGCAGAUUGUAGCGAGGUAAAGCCUCAAAUACUAUGUUACCGAAAAGUAACAAAGUUGUUUGACAUACAUGACACUCAAAGAGCAUUACAUUUUUUUUGGCAGUGUCCAUACAUAUUUUUUUUUUUUUUAUCAUUUUAGGUAAACUUUUAAGCUAAAUAUCUUGCACUAUGUAACAUUUCCAUCCAACAUUUUUCUUGUGAAAUGUAUUUGUAUUUCCAAACACUUCAUUAGUACAUCAAUAUGUACUGUGUAUAAGAAAAAUUACAUUUAUUCCUUCGUUGUGUUUAAAAAAAACAAAAAAAAAAACAAGUUACAAUUAUUUGUGUUUACCACAACGAAGCUACUAUAAUAUAUAUUAUCCUCUUUUGUUGUAUGACUCUAUAUAAACACACACUUUUUUUUCUUAUAAUUGAUUAAACAACUGACGCGUUAAACACGCCCACAUGUAAUUAAAUGUCUGAUUUGGGUGUAUACUCUAAUAUUGUAUCAAAAGACAAAAUAGUUGUCGCUUAUGAACCUAGUUGAAAUUAGUUACUUUUUAUAUACGUGUGAUUAUAAUGAUUUUAUUCAACUGAAGAAAACAGAGGUUCCAAUGUAAUUCAUUUUAUAUGUCACUUCUUAUAUAGAAAAAAGAAAAGGAUUUUAAGGACCAAUUGGUCAGAAAAUGCAACGUUUUUAAUAACUUUCAAGAUAAAUUGUACCUCUAAUACGAUAUGUAUGUACUAAAAAUUACUUUUCUCUUUGAUGAAUCAGUUAAGAGAUAAGAUUAUACAAGAGUACUGGACUAGAAAUGACUUGAAAUUUUCGUUAAAGUAAAGAAGUAACAGAAUCUCACUGCUGCUCAUUAAAUUCCUCGUCUAAUUGUCUUUAAAUUACAUGUAGGGAUUGAAAAUAGUGCUUGUAUCUUUUACAAAAUAGAGAUGGACCGUCCUUCGACUGCUAAACUAAAUAAGCAUCUAAAAACUGAAUCAUCAUUUUAUAAAGCACUAAAAAGUAUUGUAUUACACUAUAUUACAAUCAUGAAAAACAGUUGCUUCUUUUAAUCAUAUUUGUAAAACUCAUUUCUAUGUCCAUCUCUGUGCAACAAUCAUAUUUAUUUUAAUGAGCAUAUCUUAAUAUUAAGAAGUUGGAAUAACACAGUUUAAACGUUUGUUCCGUGCAUACUGAUUUGUCAUAUAAUAAUUAUAAUCGAACUGAUUCUAAUAAGAAAACAAUUGUAUCUAAAUUGAAAAAUUUAACAAAUACCAAAAUAAUAUAUUGGUAAAUUUAAUUAUAUUAUUUUAUCAACGCUAUUGAAUUGUUUAGUAUACAUAAAACUAAAAUAUAUUGGUAUUAAAAGUACGAUAAAAAUAAUAUGUAAAGAAAUACUUUAGUGUUGAGAUACUAGUAAAAACUAUACUUACAAAUAAUCCCAUUAUUAUUUAGGUUUAUUAAUUAUUAUAUAAUUGGAAUGAGACGACAUUGUCUGUAUAUCAAAGUUGGGCAGUCUGGUUGUGUGAUGCAAAAUGUCAAAAAUCGUUAACUAAGGGUAAAUUAUCUUCUUGGCAGCAUAAUAUACAAGGCAAUAAUAACUUUAUACAGGAUUCUCAAAUCUUCAGAUACAAUUUUGUCCUUCGUGUCCCCUUGUUAAAUUGUGGAAUAGAAUUUUACACAAUUAUACGAAAUAACUGAUCAGCAGUUUAUGUUAAAAAAAAAAAAAAAAAAGAAAUUGUUUUAC